AUGUUGUAUUUAACAUAUCUCCUCGUGGCAACACUGCCUUUCUUUGGUAAUUGUGACAGCGGAAGGGAACCCGAAACGAGAGUAGUGGGUGGGGAUGAUGCGAAAGAAGGCGAAUUCCCUUACACGGUAUCGCUACGAUACAUUUAUAAGGGCGACAAUCAAAUGUAUCACUUCUGUGGUGGCGUGAUCAUCUACUCACAGUGGGUUCUGACAGCUGCACAUUGUAUAUCAAAUUACACGAUAAACCAAUACAAAAUAGUUGCUGGAACAAUAGUUUACAAUGGAGCUGGAAAAACAUACGAAGCAGAGAAAGCAUUUUUCAAUGGGUUCGAAUUGAAGACUCGUCAUAACGACAUCGCCAUUAUAAAGACGAAGACUAUCAUGCAAUAUGUCCAGAAAAAAAUCCAGCGCAUCCCGUUGGCCACUCAACAGGUGCCCCCUGGUGCUAAGGCUGUCAUAUCAGGGUGGGGAUAUAUUAAUCAUGUUGGUAAUCGAGUCCCAGACACCUUGCAAAAGGCAACGUUAACGGUCAUUUCCCAUAAACAAUGCAAAGAUUUUUAUAGUAAGAGAGCCGCAAAGGAACCAAUCGUUGAUACACAACUCUGCACCUAUGUCAGCGGCGAUGUAGGAAUUUGUCAGGGAGACUCUGGUGGUCCUCUAGUCUACGAAGAUGAGGUUGUUGGUAUAACUUCGUUUAACGUUCCCUGCGCUCGAGGCGCGCCGGAUGUCUUUGCAAAUGUGUUCAGUUACAGCCGAUGGAUUAAGAAGACAGUGGCGGACAAUACGUAA